ACUUCCUGUCCGGGGCCGCGGCUCAGAGUCCGGCAGGUGAGCGGCGAGGUCCCGGACCAGGGGACUGGGUCUCAAUUGUGCUACAUCUUCAAGAAGGCUUCUUUAGGAAGAUGGCAGACCUGGGGGGACAACAGGAGUCACCUCCUGUUCCAUCCCCCAUCAGUUUUUCAUCACCUGGGAUAACUCCUGGACCUCAUCGCCACAAGGCACAGCUCCACCUCCAUGAUCAUCAACAUGGAUUUGCGGUUUCCAAACCUGAUGUAAUUUCCUUGCUGCAGGAAGGGGAAGAACUGUCUGGCUCAGAUUUUCAAGGAAUUCAAGAAACAGAAAUCUCAAGAGAUACCUACACAGAUUCUGAAUCUGAGAUUGAAUUGUUAACUCCAAAGCAAGAAGUUUCUGAAGAAGGAGAAGAACAUGGAGGGAUGUUGAAAAGUCUCCUCAGAAAUGUUCCUCGAGGACCCAAAUUUGCAGAACCCUGUGAACGGGAGGACAAUUUAGAAAGGCAAAUGGGAAACUCUGCUGGGGGCAGAGAAAGGAUAUCCCUCUCCCAGAAGCGAGGUUCCUGGCAUAUGACAGUCCUUCACCAGGAAGCUCCUCCAGUAGAGGAGAAUCAAGGAUGUAAUGAAUUUGGGGGAAGCUUUAGUCUGAGCUCGAGCUAUAUGACACGUCAGGGAGGCUCCAUAGGAGGGAAACCCCAUAAAUGUGACACCUGUGGUAAAUGCUUCAAAUAUAAUUCAUUACUUAUUAAACACCAGAGAAUUCACACUGGAGAGAAACCCUAUGAAUGCAGUGAUUGUGGGAAGUGCUUCAGAGGGUGGUCAGGCUUUAUUCAACAUCACAGAAUUCACACUGGAGAGAAGCCUUAUGAAUGUAAUGAAUGUGGGAAAGCCUUCAGUCACAGUUCACAUUUUACUCAACACCUGAGAAUUCAUAAUGGAGAGAAGCCCUAUAAAUGUAAUGAAUGUGGGCAAGCUUUCAGCCAGAGCUCAAAUCUUAUUCGACACCAGAGACUUCACACUGGAGAGAAACCCUAUGAGUGUAGUGAAUGUGGGAAAGCUUUCAUUUGGAGCUCAGUCCUCAUUGAACACCAGAGAAUUCACACUGGGGAGAAACCCUAUGAAUGCAAUGAGUGUGGGAAAGCCUUCAGAGGGAGGUCACAUUUUUUUCGACACCUGAGAACUCACACUGGAGAAAAGCCUUUUGAAUGCAAUGAAUGCGGGAAAGCCUUCGGUCAGAGCUCACAACUUAUUCAACAUCAGAGAAUCCACUACAGAGAAUAACCCCAGGAAUGUUAUGUAAUGAGUGUGGGGAACGGAUGCCUUGAUAGAGCAGAGAAUCUACUUUGGGGCAUGAGCCCAUAAAAAAAAAACAAGGUCCUAAUGGAAAGGGUUCUUGUCUGUCUAAUUCUCUUUGUGCAGCAACCUAGCCCAGCACCGCAUGCAGUGAGGUAAUAAAUACUUGGUGAUUGGUGAUAAUAAAUUUCUUGUUCAUAA